AUGCGGGCGUUUCGCAGCAAAAAAGUCUUCCCCGUCAAGGUGAUAACAUUCGACUCGGAAUUGGAAUUUGAAUUGGAGAAAAAUGCCAGUGGCCAGGAUCUUUUUGAUCUGGUGUGUCGAACAAUUGGUCUGAGAGAAUAUUGGUAUUUCGGUUUGCAGUAUGUCGAUACCCGGGAUAAUGUCACCUGGCUGAAAAUGGAAAAGAAGGUUAAAGAUCAACGUAUCAAACAGCAACCAAAUGGUUUUUAUGUUUUCAGUUUCUAUGCAAAAUAUUUUCCGGAAAAUGUUAGCGAAGAGCUGAUACAGGAGAUCACACAGCAUUUAUUUUUCCUGCAAGUUAAACAAAGUAUUUUAUCAAUGGAUAUUUAUUGUCGUCCCGAGGCCUCGGUUCUGUUGGCCUCCUAUGCUGUGCAUGUACAAUACGGGCCAUAUGAUGCUGAAACAUAUCAGGAUGGUAAAUUGCAGGGUAUGGAUUUGUUGCCAAAGGGGGUCACCGAUCAAUAUCAAAUGACACCAAAAAUGUGGGAGGAACGCAUUAAGACAUGGUAUAUGGACCAUGAACCAAUGACACGCGAUGAAGUUGAAAUGGAAUAUUUAAAAAUAGCACAAGAUCUAGAUAUGUAUGGUGUUAAUUAUUUUCCUAUUACGAAUAAGAACAAAACCAAGCUGUGGCUGGGUGUAACAGCAGUGGGUUUAAAUAUCUACGAUUAUCACAAUAAAUUAACACCGAAAACAACAUUUCAAUGGAAUGAAAUUCGCCAUGUUAGUUUUGAUGAUAAAAAAUUUACCAUACGUUUGGUGGAUGCCAAGGUUUCCAGUUUCAUAUUUUAUUCACAGGAUUUGCAUAUUAAUAAAAUGAUUCUAGACCUCUGCAAAGGCAAUCACGACCUAUAUAUGCGACGUCGCAAACCCGACACCAUGGAAAUACAACAAAUGAAAGCCCAAGCAAAGGAGGAAAAACAACGCCGGCAAAUGGAACGAAAAAAAUUCCUACGCGAAAAGAAACUGCGUGAACGUGCCGAACAGGAACGCUAUAUGUUAGAGGCCCAGUUGGAGCGGCUGCAAGAGGAAAUGCGUUGCGCCAGCGAUGCUCUACGACGUUCCGAAGAAACUAAAGAGCUGUAUUUCGAAAAGAGUCGCGUCAACGAAGAACAAAUGCAGUUGACCGAAUGUAAAGCGAAUCAUUUUAAAAGUGAAAUGGAUCGGCUGCGCGAACGACAAAUGAAAAUCGAAAGGGAAAAAAUGGAUUUGGAAAAGAAAAUAAGGGAAGCGGAUUUUUUCGUUCAUCAGCUAACAAUGGAAAAGGAUAAACGGGAAGCUGAGGCGGAAAAAUUACGCAAAGAAUUGAUAUGUGCCAAAUUAGCCGAACGGGAGGCAACAGCCCGUUUGCUGAACUUUUUAAAUCGGGGACGUAAAAAUUCCCAAGAUAGUAUGCUGCCGCCGACAAUUACCGUUAACUCGUCAUCAAGUUCUUCCAAUAAUAUUACCGCCUCCGUUAGUACACCCUCGCUGACGAAUAGCAGUUCAACGGCGGACAUUAAUGAAUCUUCCACCGCUGCCGUUGAUUUAACAACCAAUGAUCUAAAUGAUGAGGAUCAUCAACAUCACCAUCAUUUGCAUGAGCAACAGCGCCAGCUGGAUGAACCUCGCGAUGAGGAUUCGGAAAAUGAAUUUGAAACCAAAGAAUUCAUUUUAACCGACAGCGAAAUGGAACAGAUCACCAAUGAAAUUGAACGCAGCCGUUUAGAGUAUCUAAAGAAACACAAACAGGUGCAAAAUCAAUUGCAAACACUGCGCUCCGAAAUUGAGCUGCUGAAAAUUGAGGAAAAUCAAACGAAUUUGGAUAUACUCAGUGAGGCCCAACUCAAGGCGGGCGAAACAAAAUAUUCAACAUUGAAAAAAUUAAAAUCUGGUUCGACCAAAGCACGUGUGGCCUUCUUUGAGGAAUUGUAAA